AUCACGCCCCACCCACUGACUAUAAAUAUACCCACAGAGUAACGAAAUAUAAGGGAGUGCGCGUCCGUUUAGAGAGAGAAAGUUAGGAGAGAGAGAGAGAGAGAGAGAGAGAGGACUUGGACUUGGACUUCCACAGUCUCCUGUGGCUGAUCUGAUAUUCUAAAGGGGUUUUCUUCCCCACUGAUGCUUUCCAUAGAAUAUUGUGAUCAACAUCCCUUAUACAGAGCAAAUGCCAUCAUUGAGUAUGAAAACCAAGUCAACCACAGGCUGUUUGAAAGGAAAAAAUGGUCUCGGUGUAUGCGAAAAGUCAAGCAUGAUAUCCAAGAGUCCUCUCUCUCUUGCCAGAGUUUCUCAAAAUGCGGAAGAAAUAUAUAUCUCUACUCAGAGCAAUCAGGAUGUUUCAGUUUACGAUAAAGUAUAUGACGAGGCCAGCCAUGAUGAGUUGUCCAAUGAAGAAAAACAUUCCAAGAAGCAGCCAUCUUCUGUAACUGAUUCUGCUACUGACAGUAUGGAACCUAUAUUAUCCACCUGCACAUCAAACAUAGAGACAAUUUUUUCCCCCAUUCUGGAGUCCAUUGAUUUCUACGAUGACGAAGGAAGUGACAAUCUUUAUGUGCCGCAGUUGGAUAGUGAAGACAGUGAUGAUAGCAGCAGAGGUUCAUGUAAAUAUCAACCAGACACAUCAGACUUCUACAUCUCUGACAUGAUUUUUUCUGGACCACCCACUGAAAGCAAUUCUGACAACAGAAAAGAAACUGCAUUCCUAUCUGAUUAUAAAUGCGAAGAGGCUAGUUUACUUUGUGAUUGGACUGAGGAAUACAUGAUGUUGCCAUUUUUGGAGGAUACAUUAGAUACUGGACAUGACCAUGAUGGUAAACCAUCAGAAGAAUCCAUACAAAAUCCUGACAAUUCCAGCUUGUACAUGGCAAUCCAUCAAUUGAGAUCUUACGACGAGGAUACUAACUUACAUACCUACCCCGAACAAGACUAUGAAUACUUUGAUCCACAAAUGUAUAUCAGAAAUCUUCCAGACCAGUCGGACAUGGCCUCAUUUUUGUUGCCAACUUCGGUGCCAAAUGAUAAGCAAAAUACCAAAAAAAUCACCCUAGUGCUCGACUUAGAUGAAACACUUGUACACUCUACAUUGGAUCCCUGUGGUGAUGCAGACUUCACAUUUCCAGUGUUCUUUGACAUGAAAGAACAUACUGUGUAUGUGAAAAAACGGCCUCACCUCCAGAAGUUUCUCAAAAGUGUGGCAGAAAUGUUUGAAAUUGUAGUGUUCACUGCUAGUCAAAGCAUCUACGCCAAAGAACUCCUGGAUAUUCUGGAUCCAGAUGGAAAAGUUAUAUCAAGACGAGCUUAUCGUGAAUCAUGCAUCUUUUCAGAGGGAUGUUACAUAAAAGACCUAACAGUAUUAGGUGUUGAUCUUGCAAAAGUUGUCAUAAUUGAUAAUUCACCUCAGGUUUUCAGGUUGCAAAUAAAUAAUGGAAUUCCUAUUAAGAGUUGGUUUGAUGACCCGUCAGACUGUGCGCUAAUUUCACUGCUACCAUUUUUAGAGACAUUGGUUAAUGCUGAUGAUGUACGACCAAUCAUUGCUAGGAAGUUCGGUAACAAGGACUAAGAGAUCCUUUGUCUAUCAUUAGUACUUCUUCGAUUUCUCCCAUGUCCCCGUCAUAUGUUUUUUUUUUUUUGGUUAUUGCUUUCUUAAAAUGAAGUCCUUUUUGUUUUUAGAUGCUUGUUAUCCUCCUCCCCUUUGAGCCUUUAUAUAACUAUAACCAUUUAAAGAUUUCCUUGUUGAGUCAGCUUAUCACCAUUCCUUCCAGUAUCCGACCCUUUUGAGAACCUUGUUAGUUGUUUAGGUAAUAUAUAGCAGAGUCUUUAGGAUUUAUUUUUUUGGUUUGCUCUGUACAAAUUUAGAUGCUUGCGUCUUUACAAGUGUGUGUAUAUGAAUUGAUUUAUGAAGUAAAUUGUGAUUCUAGUUUGGACUUA